AUGCUUGCCACACGUCAGCUUGUGUCCGUCUACCAACAACCGACAAUGCGUCUGAAAAUUCCAUUAACAAUGGAUGAAGUUAUUGGAAGCAUUGACGCUGAAAUGACUGAUGUUGAAGAAGCACUUCUUCAUCAGAUCGGAGCCAGAGAGGUGCCUUUUGCUGGAAUGGAUAAAAGCGGACGUGGUGUCUGUUUGAAGCAUGUGCAAGGAAUCUGCACAAUGAAUCUAGUCUGCCCUCUCCGUCAUAUCGUAGGUGACAAGGCCGUUGUAUGUAAGCAUUGGCUGAGAGGGCUUUGUAAAAAGGUUGGCCCAUAUUGCAAGCACCGCCAUCGUCGACGAGUUAUAUGUCCCAACUAUGUUGCCGGUUUUUGUCCGGACGGGAAAGAAUGCAAGUUUACCCAUCCAUCGUUCGCACUGCCCGCUCCGGAGAACUGCGCUUCGAAUAACAAGCGGCUAUUCAACCACCAAAUCAUUUGUCAUAAUUGCCAUGAACGUGGUCAUAAGGCUACGCAUUGUCCACAUUUGCCAAACCAACAGGGAAAGCGUUUUGGUGCAUUCCAGACGUCCGAGUCGAAUCCUAUCACGAAUCGUACGGUGACCACAGUUCAACCAGUUGAUCUGUCGUUGUUUCCGGAUAAGAAGAGCUUGUCGGAAGUCACCUGUUACAAGUGCGGUGAAAAAGGUCACUACGCGAAUCGUUGUCAUAAGGGUGCGUUAGCAUUCCUGUCGAAUACUGCUCACUUGGCUCAAGAGCAGCGAGAAAAAGAUGAACGAGAGGGCAGGCGAGUAUUUACCCGGAGCAUACCUUGGACAGCCGACAUCAGGGCUAGUAUUCGAUGCAUAAUGACCAAGAAAAAGGACAAGGAUAAGGACGAGAAGAAAGUUGAGGGUAGCCAUAAGAGAAAACGAGCGGGCAGGUCGGGUCAUGAAGUGAAAGCCAAGGUCUCAAAGAAGGAAGAUGGUGACGGUGAAACUAGAGAGCUGAAGGAGUCAUAUUCUCUCCAGCUCAAGAAAAUCAAUGCUCAUCUAACGUGUAACCUGUGCAAGGGCUAUUUGAUAGACGCCAUUACUGUUAUCGAUUGUUUACACACGUUCUGUAAAAGUUGUCUGCUGACCUAUUUUGAAGAAGAGGACAAUUGCUGCCCAAGCUGUGAGCAGCUGAUUCACCAGUCGCACCCUAGCCACUAUGUGGCUUUCGAUCGCACUAUGCAGGAUAUUGUAUAUAAAUUAGUUCCCGGUUUGCUGGAAUCUGAGCGCAAAAGGCGACUCGAUUUCCUCAAAGAUAAGAAACGAUGGCUGCAGGACGAAUCAUCACAAGGUACCAAUAGGUGUUUCGAAGGAGAGCCAGGAAUUUCACAUCACAGGAAUGACGAACAUAUGAUUGUUUCAUUGAUUCCUGGUGCCCCCGACCUACCGAAGCCAACCCGCCCAAUUGUGCGGUUAAGUGGUAUGGCGACGGUAAACACCCUCAAGAGGUACUUGGCCCAAUCUAUGUGGUCGAACAUGUCCCGCUACAGCGAGCUGGAUCUGUUUUGUAACGACGAAUUAAUGGGUCGCGACUUCUCGAUGCGGUUUAUUCACUUGACAAGAUGUCGAAAUAAGCUCAAGGAUGAGCCAUUAAAACUUGUUUAUCGAUAUCAUAUUGAUUUUUAG